AUGAACUCGCCUCCAGCAGCAGCGUCCCCGGUGGACGUGUCGGACUCGAUCGACUCUGGCCCUGCCCCUCUGACUUCGACCUCGAACUCGACCUCGAACCGCCACAGCACAUUGUCCCGCCCGCUUUCCUAUGCGUCCAAGAACAGACUGUCGCAAUACUCGAUUGCCGGAUCGCUCCCCACCCGAUCGCGGCCUCAGUCGCACGUGUUCCCCAUGUUCCCCUCGAGCCUGGCGUACACGCUGGUGCGCGACUUCGCAUAUCCCGUCAUGCACCCGAUGCAUUACGGCCCGCCGCCUGAGCCUUCUGGCCCGCCGUCCGGCCUGACGACGCCAAUGAGCGAGAGCAGGAGGCUUUCCGAGCCGUCGGUCUCGUGGGACCAAAAGAUGCCGUGGGAUUCAUGGACUCCGGACCCCUUCAGCCGGGCCCACGAUCUACCGCCGAUCCAAUUUGGCGACGGCCCUCCAUACAGCGAAGAUGAAGACUUACAGAGCCCAGUGGUUUCCACGAGGCAUCGAAAGCACAAGUCGACUUCAGCUACUCUCCAUACUGGUAGGGGGCGCACUGGUCGCGAUCCCGACAGGGGCCAGUCUGCAAUCAUUAGCUCCAGCUAUGAUGACAGCCAGAGCUACUACUUGGGCAUUGGCGGAGAUGGAAGUGAGCGGUACUACGUGAGCCGCGGAGGCGAAGCGAACGGACCCGGCGGUGAAGUGGUCACCUAUCCGCCCGAUCAGGCGCAUCAUAGCCAUGCAUACCAGUAUUCGCAACGGCAUGAUAUCGAUGGCUACGAUUCGGAUCACUCGAGCAGCUCAUCCUCGCCAGGGGGGCCUGAAGGAGAUCAGUCGCGUUAUUCGCGAGACUAUCAGUUCACAAUCACAUCUCCCGACGAAGAGUUCCAUGGUAAGGCCGUGGCUUUGUUCGAUUUUGAGCGAGAGAAUGAGAACGAGUUACCAUUGGUGGAAGGCCAAAUCAUUUGGGUGUCAUAUCGCCACGGCCAGGGCUGGUUGGUCGCUGAGGAUCCAAAGACGCAAGAAAGCGGCUUGGUUCCCGAAGAAUACGUUCGACUACUCCGGGACAUUGAAGGAGGCAUGAACAGCCUGACUGGGGCCCUCGUCGAUCCAUCUGGGUCCCCCAGUGAUGCCGUCACUCCUACCCAGACGGAGAGUGGCAGCCAGUACGGCCACACUCCCACUCAUAGCACUUCAACCAACGGAUAUCACCAACCGGUGGUGUCCAUGUUUUCAACCUCGAGCAAGGACCUCAACCCGUAUCCCACGGAGCAGCUUGGCAUCCAAGCCGGCCAAGCCCCGCCUCAAGUUGUUCACUAUCAUGGGCAGAGAGGAGGAAGCCAAAUCAGCACACCAACAUUAACCCAACUUCAAGAGUCUGAAGCGCAAAGAAGAGCAAGCCAGGACGCGGGAAGCAAAGCCGAAGAAGAUUCAACCACGGCGCAAGAAGAGCCCACCACGAAGUCUACGGAUACACAGGCGUUGAAUGAGACAGCAGAGACGGAGCGGUGA